UUGCCAAAUUACAGAAGAAAUUAAACUUCUGGACAGUUAAAGUCAAAACUACAAAUUAACAUGAUAAUUUCCUUCAGUUAAUAAGCCAACCUGAAUUAUUUUUAAAAUUAUAUUCACAAUUUCACAUGUUAACAAAAGGUUGCGUGAACAUACAGCUAAGAUCCAGAGUUUGACCUAUUCACAUGUAAUUAAAACUCAUUUCUACAGGAAGAUGAAAAACUUAUGACAGAGUUAUGUGAUUUGGUACAUUUAGGAGGGUAAACGCAAACAAUUUCAUCAUCAGUGAACUGUAGAGUAUGUUUUAUUUUGGGAGAUCUAGAAGAGCAACGUGUGACAUGGGAAAUACCUAAAAUGUCAUUAAAAUCUAACGUUCUCAAAUGUCUUCUGUACAACAGCCCCUUAAUACACAAACAUUUUUCUUUUUAGGAAGCAGGUCUCCCCUUUUUCUUUAUCAUCACCCUGACAAAUAUGUAGGUAACAAACCCAAACACCUGAGUUUUGUUCAAAUGUUCCUCUGCUCCAGCAGGGGCCCGUCCCCUCUGGUGACCACAGAUGGGGUCUUUUUUUUUUUUUUUUUUCCACCAGAGCGCCAGAGCAACCAGCGUUGGCACCCUCAUAAAAGAAAUUCCACUGGUUACUGAUUUAUCCUCUGAGCCGGACUGGGAAUGGAGCUGAGACCAGCCAGCUGCAAGUUUGUGGAGCUCCAUGUGCUGUAUGUGCCUGAUGACCAGUGGAAUGUGAAGCUCAAUAAAGUCCCAGUCGAAGCCAUAGAGAGCUUCAUAUCUGCCGGCUUUAUCAGAGUUUAUCCUGAUCUCACUCUGAAAACUUUAAGGAACAAGCUGGCUGCUUUUCUCGGUGCAGAGAGGAGCAUCAACAAAUUCUCUUUUCUGAAGUGUGUGGGCCACAGUUUAGCACUAGUCAAAAGUGAACAGGAGAGGGAGGUGAAAGUGAAAACAUUCGCUCCUCCAUAUGCCCCUCAGCCAGAGCUUUACUUACUGCCUGCGGUGGACAGCGACAGCAGUGUUUGCUCCCAUUCACUCACCCCGGACACCAGCGGCAGCUCCCCAGACCACCACACCUACUACCCACCCAAGAUGUGCAGUCUGCCAGCAGGGACAAAGGGGCCCCUUAAACUUCCCCACAUUGCCCAGAGCUCCCAUCCCCUGCCUCCACCCACCCCCAGUCUGGAAGAAGAGGAGGAGGAGGAGGAGGAAGAAGAGGAGGAGAAGGAAAGUGAGGAGGAGCAGAGCUGCAGCUCUUCAGAGGAACAGAAUGAAGAAGAACUGUUCUCUUCCAACAAAUGUCAGUGGAUGAAGCAUGACUAUUGUGGAAAGAAAUCCCAGGAGCAUACACCCCAGUCUGUUUUGGUGAAGGUCUGUAAAGCUUUGCAGCGGUGUGAGGCCAAUUCAGCACAGACAAAGGAUUCUCAAAAGGAAGAAGCCAGCUGCAGAAAGACAGAGCAGUACCACAGAGGCAGCAGAGCAACCAGAGACUCAGGAGUGGCCGAGUCUCUGGAGGACAGAGAUUCAGGAUUCUCCUUCACAGACAGGUUUGGGAAAUCAAAAGACACACAUACGCUGAAGUCCAGUGGGAAUAUAAAAAAUGUUGAGGCGACAGAAGGUGCUGCUGUGUUACCUGGGCCGGUCAGGUAUUCCUCUCCUCCUCUAGGAAUAAACUUGGUCACAGCUGCACAUAAAGUUACUGCUGCUGCCGCUCCAGCCUUUAAGAUGAACAGAGAGGAACUCAUCGAGGAAAUCAAGCUGGCGAGGGAAGAAAGAAAGCAGCUCGAAUGGAUGAGACAAGAGUUGCUAAGAAAAGGCAAAGACUUGUUGGCGCAAAACAGACAUCGCAGGAACCAAGCACGUGACAGUUGGAAAAAGAAAUAUUUUGAAACAAAAAAGGCCACGGCGCCACUGGAGGACAACCUCAGAAACUUGCGGCAAGAGCUAGAAAUAUUUUACACUAAACUCUUGCACCAACUCCACGCCAGAGAAAACAGAGGCAAACCAAAAAGACAGGGCAGAACCUCCAUCAAGAAUGAGCUCAUCAUUGAAAUAAUGACCGAAAGCCACGAGAUUGACAACUUGAAGAGGAAGGUAGAGGACGCCAAGAUGAAACUAUUAACAGAGGUUAAGUUGAGGAAACAGGCUGCUACAGAGCUGAGGGCCCUCAAAGCUGAACUGGCCCAGAAGAAGAGCCAGUCAUCACAUCCACGUCCGGUGGUCUGUUUGGCCUUUGGGACCCUCACACGGGACAAACCAAGAGCUCAAAACACCUCAAUCUAAUUCUGCGUAUAUACAGUGCUUAACAAAUGUGUUAGACCACCUUUCCCUGUUUGAGUCCAUCCAACAUCAAGAAGUGCUUUAAUACAGACUUUCAUUUCCAGUGGGUGCUCAACAUUUCACCAUUUUGAACAGGAAUAAGGAAUUCCAAACUGAAUUCACCUUUUUAUACCAAAUCUGAGCCGUCUCUGCACAUCAAACAUAACAUUCAACAACUAAAACAAAUUUUUCUGUUGAGGAAUGCAAGUACAGUAAAUGCUUUAAUAUUU